AUGUCAUUUGAUGACUAUAACAAGAGAGAGGGCAUGACCCCAAGACAGAUUGCCGAUCUAUUCACAAGCGUUGCCAGCAGUUACGAUCAGAUAUGGACAAUCCCAAGUUACAGGGACCCUAUACACGUGUCCGAGUGUGUCUCGGACUUCUUUAAAGAAGAUAAGAGGGCAUCUGUGAGGAUUCUGGAUGUUGCUGCAGGCACAGGGAUGUUAGCGGAACAGCUGUGGAAAAAGGGAUUUAGGCAGCUAGACGGUCUUGGUCCAUCGUCUGGUAUGAUGGGUGAAGCAAUGAAGAAAGGCGUAUACACUAAUUACUACCUGGAGUUCAUGGAUGAAAACCCCAUCAGCACACUGAAGACAGACACGUACGACUGCGUGGUGGCAGCUGGGGCUUUCAACAUCGGGCUGCUACCUUGUGCUGCGUUGCUAGAGAUGGUGCGACUUGUGAAGCCGGGAGGUGUGAUAUGUUUCGGGAUCCUGGAUGCUCGAUUCACUGAGGUAAAGGAUUACAUCGACAGGCUGGAACCUCUGAUGCAGUGGCUGGAGCAGGAUGGGGCGUGGCAACUGUUGGACAAGAAACACUACGAUGAUUCUUACGACCAAGACCCUGGAAAUCUCUUCAGAUAUAUUGUUCGAGCUUCUGAUGUUCAAGUGAAACAAUAUAUACAGAAGCUUCGUCAUGCCCAUUGAUUCGCCUCCAUGUAAUUGCGAUAUCAGCUGUAGUACAGUAGCACUUACAUUGUAGUACAAUCACUGCUCAAGUUAAUAUUCACAACCUUAUGUACUUCAUAAUUAUUCCAUUAGUACCUGUUAC